UUCCAUUCUUUCCUUUGGUAUCUCUCAGCUGUUUGGAAGCGAACUUUCUCAGCAAAAUUUUCCCGGAAAAUCGAAACCAAUACGUAUUUUGGAUGGAUCAAUCAUUGUAGGACGCCAUCUGUAGAUCAUCAGUAGCUCUCGCGCAAUCCGAGUGAUGCGUUGACGUGAAAUUUUGUAAGAAUUCCGAGUUCUAGGGUCGUCCAUUUCGGCUUCUUCUCCAGGCUGAGUAGCUGGUAAUAAUGUCGGCGAUCUUCGUCAGGCUACUCUCGGCCGUUGCAGUUCUCUUGGUUCUUCUUCCAAAACCGUCGCAUUCAGCAGUUUUGAGCGUAGAUCUAGGAUCAGAAUGGGCAAAAGUUGCAGUUGUGAAUCUGAAGCCCGGGCAGAGCCCAAUCUCGAUCGCGAUUAACGAAAUGUCCAAGCGGAAAUCCCCCGCGCUGGUCGCAUUCCAAGGCGGCGACCGCCUGAUCGGGGAAGAAGCCGCUGGGCUGGUCGCUAGGUAUCCCGAUAGAGUCUAUUCACUGGUGCGGGAUUUGAUCGGAAAGCCCUAUAAUUAUGUGAAGGAAAAGCUUCUCGAGCGGAUGUAUUUGCCAUUUGAUAUUGUGGAGGAUUCGAGGGGUGUUGCGGGUAUUAGAAUUGACGGCGGGGUUACCGUAUAUUCGGCGGAGGAAUUGACCGCGAUGGUACUGGGUUAUGCUCUGAGGUUGGCGGAGUUUCACGCGAAGGUGCCGAUAAAAGAUACUGUAAUUACGGUGCCGCCCUACUUUGGGCAGGCAGAGAGGAAGGGUUUGCUUCAGGCUGCUCAGUUGGCGGGGAUGAAUGUGCUCUCCCUGAUCAACGAACACUCUGGUGCCGCUAUCCAGUAUGGAAUUGACAAGAAUUUCUCAAAUGGGUCGAGGCACGUUAUAUUCUAUGACAUGGGUGCCACAAGUACUUAUGCUGCUCUUGCUUGUUUCUCUGCUUAUAAUGCCAAGGAGUACGGGAAGACUGUCUCCAUCAACCAAUUUCAGGUCAAGGAUGUUAGAUGGGACCCACAACUUGGGGGUCAGGAUAUGGAACUGAGGCUGGUGGAAUACUUUGCGGAUGAGUUCAACAGUCAACUUGGCAAUGGGUUUAAUGUGAGGAAUUCUCCCAAGGCAAUGGCUAAGCUGAAGAAACAGGUUAAGCGUACCAAGGAGAUUCUGAGUGCGAACACAAUGGCUCCUAUUUCUGUUGAAUCUCUUUAUGACGAUCGUGACUUCAGGAGCACAAUAACACGUGAAAAGUUUGAAGAGCUAUGUGAUGAUCUAUGGAAGAGAUCUCUUAUUCCUGUUAAAGAGGUAAUUGAGCAUUCUGGUUUGAAGCUUGAUGAGAUACAUGCAGUGGAGUUAAUUGGAGGUGCCACUCGAGUGCCAAAACUACAGGCUACACUCCAAGAAUUCAUUGGGAGGAAUGAUUUGGACAAACACUUGGAUGCUGAUGAAGCUACUGUGCUUGGUGCUGCGUUACAUGCAGCAAACUUAAGUGAUGGAAUUAAAUUGAAUCGUAAGCUAGGGAUGCUUGAUGGAUCUUCAUAUGGGUUUGUCUUUGAGUUAGAUGGUCCUGAUCUUUUGAAAGAUGAAAACACCAGACAGGUGCUUGUGCCAAGAAUGAAAAAACUGCCUAGUAAGAUGUUCAGAUCAAUUAUACAUAAUAAAGACUUUGAUGUUUCACUGGCUUACGAGAGUGAAGAACUAUUACCUCCAGGCAUUUUUUCACCUGUAUUUGUGCAGUAUACUGUUUCUGGUCUCGCUGAUGCUACAGAAAAGUACGCAUCACGUAAUCUUUCUGCCCCCAUCAAGGCCAAUCUACAUUUCUCCCUCAGUAGAAGUGGGAUAUUUUCUUUGGACCGAGCAGAUGCUACCGUUGAGAUAUCUGAAUGGGUAGAAGUUCCCAAAAAGAACCUUACUGUUGUGAACUCAACUUCUGCUUCACCCAAUAUAUCUGUUGAUGCGGUGCCCCAGAACAUUUCAGAAAGUGUUGAGAGCUUCCAGAUGGAUGGUGGAAUAACUAAUUCAUCCAACAAUAGUGCAAAUGAUGAAAGCACCUCUGAUCUUGGAACAGAAAAAAAGCUGAAGAAGAGGACCUUUAGAGUUCCACUUAAGAUUAUUGAGAAGGCAGUGGGACCAGGAAUGCUGUCAAAAGAAGCUUUUGUUGAAGCUAAAGGAAAACUGGAAGCACUGGAUAAAAAAGAUGCAGAGCGAAAACAGACUGCCGAGUUGAAAAAUAAUCUUGAAGGAUACAUAUAUGCCACUAAAGAAAAGCUUGAAUCAUUGGAGGAGUUGGAAAAAGUUUCUUCCAGUCAGGAACGCCAGUCCUUUAUUGAAAAACUUGACGAGGUGCAGGACUGGUUAUACACUGACGGUGAAGAUGCUUCUGCCACUGAGUUCCAAGAACGUCUAGAUUUGUUAAAAUCUAUCGGUGGGCCCAUAUUUUUCAGACUUAAUGAGCUUACUGCACGGCCGGCUGCAAGCGAACAUGUUCGAAGAUACCUUAGUGAGCUGGAACAGAUUGUACACGGAUGGGAGACGAAUAAGUCUUGGCUUCCUAAAGAGAGAAUAGAUGAGGUUGUAAAAGACGCUGAAGAGGUGAAAGUCUGGUUGGAUCAGAAAGAGGCUGAGCAGAAGAAGAUCUCAUCAUUCAGCACUCCAGCAUUCACAUCUGAAGAAGUUUACGGGAAGGUAUUUGAUCUUCAAGAGAAGGUUGCAAGCAUCAAUAAAAUUCCCAAACCAAAGCCUAAAGUGGAGAAGCCUAAGAAGAAUGAAACCGAAGGCAACAGUGAUGGUAAAGACGAAUCCGGCUCAUCUUCAGAGGAGACUGCAUCUCAGAAUGGCCAAACAACAGAGAAUUCGGACAGACCAACUCAUGAAACAGCAGAUUCCCAGCAACCCGAGGGUCACGACGAAUUGUGAUUUUUCCAAGCUAAUAGUAAUACACAGAUGAGAAAUAGGAAGAGGGGAGUAGUUAGCCAGCAGUUGCAAGUGGUAGAGUGUUAGUAGUCCGAGCGAGAGGCUAUUUUUGAGGUGGCUUGCUUUCUUGUCAAUCCUUCUUUUUAAGUUUAUAAAGUUUCUAUUAGCAGCAUCUUAAUGAGAGGUGCCUUAGAGUAUUUAUUUAUUAUGGGGGGCACAUAACAUAUUUGCUUAACAGCAGCCCCCUCCCUACCCUAGGAGAUUUUGGCUCCAUCCUUUUUCUCACCUCACUUCAAUAUAUACUUUAUGAUUUUGUUCUCAAGGGAAAAUACAAUCAAUAUGUCAUGUCUCCUACUA